GCCCGGGUGACGAAGAUGGUGCUCAUCAAGGAAUACCGUGUAGUGUUGCCGGUCUCUGUGGAAGAGUAUCAAGUAGGCCAGUUGUACUCUGUGGCUGAGGCCAGCAAGAAUGAGACGGGAGGAGGAGAAGGCAUCGAGGUGCUGAAGAAUGAGCCCUAUGAGAAGGAUGGAGAGAAGGGACAAUACACACACAAAAUAUACCAUCUAAAGAGUAAAGUCCCAGGGUAUGUGAAGAUGAUUGCACCAGAGGGGGCAUUAGUUUUUCAUGAAAAGGCUUGGAACGCCUACCCAUACUGUCGCACCAUUGUGACGAAUGAGUACAUGAAGGACGACUUUAUGAUAAAGAUUGAGACGUGGCACAAACCUGACAUGGGAACAGUAGAAAAUGUUCACGAUCUGGACGAGCAGACAUGGAGGACUGUAGAGGUGGUGCCCAUAGAUAUUGCAAACAAAGAAGAAUUGUCCCCUGGGGACUACAAGCCAGAAGAAGAUCCCACUCUUUUCCACUCUGCCAAGACAGACAGAGGACCUCUAGGCCCUGAGUGGAAGAAUGAGCUAAAGACAGACUGUCCUUCCAUGUGUGCAUACAAACUGGUCACUGUCAAGUUCAGAUGGUGGGGUCUGCAGACCAAAGUGGAAAGCUUCAUCCACAGGCAAGAAAAGCGUAUUUUCACCAACUUCCACCGCCAGCUGUUCUGCUGGAUUGACAAAUGGGUGGGUUUGACCAUGGAGGACAUCAGGCGGAUGGAAGAGGAGACUCAAAAAGAGCUUGAGGAGAUGCGUCAGAAGGGAGAUGUGCGAGGCACCUCUGCAACAGAAGAGUAGAGGCCCGUCAUUGUAGGUCAAACACUAGAGGCAGGCUGACUGCGUAAAACAGGUCCGAUUCGAGGCACCAGUGCUGCUGCUGACGAGCAAUGAGGCAAAUCAACCAAACCCUGUCACGAUGACGUCAUCCGAGACACGUCCACCAUGAUGAGGAAGUGGCCCUGGCGUCGCGUCUUCUCUUCCUGUCUCACAUGAUUCAUUGGGGGGUUAUACAAGAUUGGUUAACAGUACUGUACAGAUCCUACCCCAAUCACCCCAAGUCUCCUGUUCACCAAGAAAACAAAAAAAACAUGGUUUUUGCAUACAUAUAAAAAGGAAAAAAAAACUCUUUGCACAGAACGUAAAUUGCCUGAUAUGUAAUUGUUAGAUGAUUAUUACAAUGGGCUUUGUUUCUAUUCAGGUGUGUAAACCAUGACUCAGAAAGUCAAGCCUUUUAAAUUGAUUAGAAUGUUGUUUUUAGGUCGACAGAUUCCCACAAAAAAUUCAUAUAAGAUGACUUUAGCAGGUAUUGGACCAUUUAUCCUCCCCCCCUCCCUUGUAUUAUAAGUGUCUCUACUUUAAUCCUCGUCUCCCCCUCAGUAUUGUCUAUACUCUUGUUCUGGUAAGAAUUUGUCUAGAUCUCCUCCCUGUGUUUCACUGUCCUCUCUGUCUGGCGGUUGGUUGGGAAUACUGAUGUUUAAUUUUUGUUUUGUUUUUGUUCUUGUUUCCCCUAUUUUCUUUUAUAGUUUUAAUUUCUGAGGCUUAUCUAUGUCUGCUAAUGGUUCAAAUUCAAUAUAAUGCUCAUGCAUGAUGGGUAAUUCUUCGCAAUAGUUUCUCCCCUUACAUUCACAUGUCCUCACAUGUCCUCACAUUUCAACAUGCACACACACACACACCCCCUGUCACAAGUGCAUGUGGACAACAGCUACUCCUCAGUAAACAGUCAUUGCAUGUGUAUAGUUGCUGCAGUGCAGCUGCGCUCAAGUGGAUUGUUUGUGUUGACAAGAGAGAGGGUUACCCCUACCCCCCUCUAGGAGAGUGUGUACAAUACACCUGUGUGUUAUUGUGUGCAUUUGUGUGCUUGUUUGUGUUAUCAGCUGCCUUCACUCUUUGGACGGGGAUGGAGAACGUUCAGCUUAAUAUCGAGGCUUGUGAGGGGUGUGUUCACACAGCUUUGCUCUCGCUCUGUAACCAGCCUGUUGAACUUUGCCUCAUGCUGUCGCUCCAUGUCCUAUCUCCUCGGCUAGGGCUUUAACUGGAAGGCUCCCACUGCCUCCACAAAAGCUUCUUUUUUUUAACUAAAAGAAAUAAGGAUGAGUCUGUGCGUCGUUGUGUGCAUGAUUCAAGGUAGUUUAUUUUUCUCAAACUACCAUUAACUAUCUCAAUUGACCGAGUAAAUGGGUCCAGACAGAUCUGCGAUGCUUGGUGCAGCUGUGGAUUCACAGGCAUAGUGAGUGUAUUGAUAACCCUAUACACUGAGUUAUAAGCUUUUCAUCUCCCUUAACCACAAGACAGUAUAAGGUCAGUCUGAACUUUUCUUGACUGUUUCUGGUUAAGAAUGAAAUUGCUUUGGCAAAAGGUGAAAUCAAUUCGACUCUUGCAGUCUAGAUACUGUAGGUGCUGGCUCAUCUAGUACCAGCCUUCAUCUGAAAGCAGGCGGUGACUUUACCCUGCUUUUCAAAGCAUCGCUUCUUUUAUUUUUCUGUGGCUGCAUUGACUUGGGGUUAUAGCCGUUUUAUUACAGCUAGAGCUGAGUUUAGCCAUCUUUAUUUUGGAUUGUGUGCAGCUCUUGUUGGGCUCUAGGUAAAAUAUUUUGUGAUGUUUUAUAUGAUCUUGUAGCUUAGUGCAGUUUUUCAGCCGUUGAUUAAGACUUUAUCCAAUCAGGUGUGAGUGUCUCCAAAAAUCUUAGGUUUGGUUGUAACCUAUCUGUGUGUGGUAUAUGUUGGACAGGUUAAAGGAGAGUUAUAAGUGUAUUUUAUAAUAGAAAUGGGCAAACUGUACAUAAAAACACUGACUUGAACGGGAUAUUCACAGCUACUAGGCAUUGUCAGGUCUAUCAUUCAAAUACUGUUACUGCUAAAAGAAACUUAAAGGAAGUAGUGACGUUGUGGGUGCAGGUCAGCGCGGUGGACAGUGUGCUGUGUGUGUAACAUGGAGCCAGCUGUCCACGUGUUGUUACUCAGACUGUACCAUGGUUUAACUGUACCUCAUCCAUGCUUAUGUAUGUACAGCUAGGAAAUACAUGUGUCAGAGUAGUGGGACGUUUAUUGAACUGCAGGAACACUGACAUGUUUCACACCUGCACACACAUGACAUGGACCCAUUGUAUCAUCAAUUCACAAGGACAAAUGGAUUUACUAAAUCUAGAUUUGAUCUGCAUGCUCAACACUUUUUUGUUUUGUUUUUUCCAUUUUCCUUUAUUUUCUCUCAAUUAUUCCCCGUUUCUGUUUGAUCAGUUCAGUUUUGAGAAGCUCUUGAGCUGCAUCAGACAAAAUAGGGAAUUCCUUCAAAAGGGCGGCUUCUCCUCAAAAUCAAACUGGAUUCAGCUCGACCUCUGAUCUACAGACGAGGAGUUAAAAGCCUGGCUGAGUUUGACAAUGACGGAAGCCGCCCUGUUAUAGACUAAAACAGGCUGUGUGAUGUACAGUUUUGUAGCAUUACCAGUGAUCCCAGCCAGGGUAUGACUGUGAGGGGAGGGAUAGAAGCUUAGGGAACAGAUGGAGUCCAAAAUACUGUUUCUUUAUUGUAAUCAUAAAUAAGCACUUGCAAAAUCUACUGUUUUUUUUCCUUUUGUUUUCUGUUUUUGAAAGACAAAGAUUCACAAUGUAUUCAAUUUUUCUCAUUUCUGAUAAGGCAAAUUUCAGGGGAAGUAGUAGUGAAUGUAAAAUAAUUAGUUCCUUUUUUUUCUUUUUCACAGCCAUCAAGCUGUGACAGAAGGUCUAGACAAUGGAACAUAACAGAAUAUCUAAUAAAUUUGAACAAAUAAGAGAA